UCGGACUUUCACGGGUUGUUCAAUAGAGUUGACGUGGAUUUUGGUCAGUCGUCGGCACAACAGACGGCGUUACCGACCAUUAAGCGCAAGAACGCGGCCGCAGAUCAGUUCGAUCCGGACUUCGAGGAAAUGUUUUAUCAGUUCGGAAGGUAUCUCAUGAUAUCGUCAUCGCGAGGGAGUCUACCCGCCAACUUACAGGCCAACCAGUUCCACGGUCUAUGGAACGACAACAAUAGCCCGCCCUGGCAUGCGGACUAUCACGCAAACAUUAAUGUGCAAAUGAACUACUGGCCUACGGAGACAGCUAACCUUGCUGAAUGUCAUUUGCCUCUAUUCAAUCUGAUUCGAAGUCAGUUGAAUCCGUGGCGCAAACAAACGCGUGCUUCCGAUAAAUUACUGACACCGGACGGCAAACACUCGUCUAAAGGUGUGGCCUGUGUUGGACAGCAUAAUAUCUACGGAGGAAUGGGU